CCCCUUUCUUUCUUCCCUCAACCGACGCACCUCUCUCUCAUCCCUCUCUCUCUCUCUCUAUAAAAUUCCCAACAACUACAACCCCCAGUCUCAAGAAUCACAUGGAAGAAUCCAAAUCGAUCAAAGAACCCGACCCAUUCAGCUUCGACUACAUCGGGUCGGACCUGACCGAGCUCAUCCUCUCCCACCUUCCCAUCCGUUCCAUCGUGCGCGCCGCCGCCGUCUGCAAGCCCUGGCGCUCCAUCAUCACCUCCGCCGCCUUCUCCCGCCGCGUCUCCGCCGCCAAGAAGCCCUGGCUCUUCCUCUACGGCCAGAACAACAUCUUCCUCAAGAACAACCAGGCCUUCGCCUUUGACCCCGAGUCCAACGAGUGGAUCAAGCUACCCACCGCUCUCUUCCCCCUCCCCACUUCGCAGGAAGAGUCCUUCGUAGGGUCCGGUGGGUUCUUCUUCACCACUGCUGCCGCCAAAUUCAGUUACGCGCCAAUACUCAAGGAUGGCGCAUGGCGUCAGACACCGCCACUUAAGUUCUCCCGGUGUAACCCUCUUGUCGGGGUUUAUGACGACCGAGCUGGGUUUUCAAAAUUUAUUGUUGUUGGGGGUGUUAGGUUUAUUGGCGGGUUGGUGGAUAUAGAGGAUAGAUUAGCAGUUGAAAUAUACAAUCCCUUUUCGAAUUCAUGGGACCUCUGCCCGCCUCUGCCUGCUGAUUUCCGGUCAGGGAAUUCGUCCCAGUGGCUGUCAUCAGCCCUUUUCAAAGGAAAAUUCUAUGUUUUUGGGAUUUGCUCAUGUUUUGUUUCAUCUUUUGAUUUGAGUAAACGGUUUUGGAGUGAGGUCCAGACCCUAAGGCCUCCAGGGGUAUUGUUUUCGUUCUUGAUUUCAUGUCAAGACCAGCUUGUUUUGGCUGGAUUGAGCAAUGCCCCUCGCGGGCCUUCAUUUAAUCUGUGGAAAGUUGAUGAGGAAACAAUGGAGUUUAGUGAGAUUGCGAUAAUGCCCCAGGAGUUGCUUUAUGGGUUGUUUGACAGUGAUGAGGAUGAUAAGUUGGCUAGCUUGAAAUGUGUUGGACUGGGUAACCUCAUAUAUGUGUUCAACGAAGAGCAUCACCGGAAUUACCCCGCUUGUGUCUGUGAGAUUAGUAGUGAUUCUGGGAAAUGUAGUUGGAGGAGGGUUCCGAAUUUGAUGGUGCCCGCUAAUCGGUUUCAUAAGGUUAUCAGCUUUUGUUCCACCAUUUCGCUUGGGAAUAUUCUUCAAGGUGAAGGGGAAGAACUCGGUCUGGGGCAGGCUGUUCAUUGAGUUUCCAAUUUCUCAGCAAUGACAACACGUACGAGAUUGGGAAUUAUGGCCAAUGAAGUUCACAGCGUAGCAGUCGCUGCUUGACUACUUUCUUAGGCAUGGUAGGAGACUUGCACAGUUGUAUUGUAUAUGAGGGGUGAUCCGUUGGUCUCCCAUGUAUGGUUAUUCUUAAGAUGUCUUCUUUUUAUUCAUCAACGAAAAUGGGCAAAGAAAAAACCCUUAAAGUGUACAUGAACGGCUCAGAUUCAAUGUGCAGUGAAUUUGAGCCGUUCAUGUACAUUUUAAGGAUCUUUUUUUUGCCCAUUUUCUUUACACUUAGCAUUUCUCUCCAUCAACUUCCAUGUUUGGCUUCUGAAUUGUUAUAUUGAUUACUAUUAUGGUUGUUUGUGACUUCGUAAGCAGAGAAAUAUUGCUUCAAUAAUAUGAUGUAUUUAUUUGACUUUCA